UUUCUUUCUGUUUCACCCUUCAAUCUACGUGUUUUCCUAUUGGUCAGAGAGCAGUAAUGCUUUUCUGCAAUUGGUUUUCUGCUGUCUAGCUGACGUCAAGCCGGGUAUUUGUGGAAAGAAACCGGAACGGAGCGUCUAGAACCUGGAGGGCGGGCUGUGUGGGGGGUUGCUAUCUGCUGCUGGGUCCAGGAACCCAAAGCCGGGGGCUCCCACCGGGUUAAGGCCUGGAGCUGGACAGCUGUAUGUGAACUGGGCCCAGUGCUUGGUACCGGCGGCCUAGGCUGGUCAAGCCCGGCUGAGCCUCGAUGCCAGUUUGAGGGGAGGGGGGUGCUAUCCGCAGUAUCGAAAAGGAGAGUGACGGCCACUGAUCCGGAUCCCCGAGAGUCCUGCUAUCGCCAUGCUGUGCUACGUGACCAGGCCCGACUCGGUGGUGAUGGAAGUGGAGGUGGAUCCGAAAGCGAACGGCGAGGACUGUCUGAACCAGGUCUGCCACAGGCUCGGCAUUAUAGAGGAUGACUAUUUGGGUCUGCAGUACUCUGCGAACAAGGGGGAGACUCUGUGGUUGAACCUGAGGAACAGAAUCUCUCAACAGAUCGAAGGGAUGCCUCCUUAUAGAUUCAAACUCCGAGUUAAAUUUUUUGUGGAACCUCAUCUUUUACUUCAGGAGCAAACUAGGCAUCAAUUUUUUCUGCAUGUCCGGGAUGACCUCCUAAACGGACGCCUGCUCUGUUCGCCAGAGCAGGCUCUGGAUUUGAGUGCACUUCUAGCACAAGUAGAAUUCGGAGACUACAAUCAAAACACUGUCAAGUAUUGUUAUGAAGACCUCUGUGCGAAUGAAUUAAACACCAGCACUUUGAACAGUAUUGUUGUGAAACACAAGGAAUUGGAAGGAAUGAGUCCAUGCAGAGCUGAGUACCGGCUUCUCCAGAUUGCAUGCACGCUGGAACACUAUGGUGUGGAAUGGCAUUCGGUAAAGGAUGGUGAUGGACAGAAGUUGAUGAUUGGAGUGGGUCCUGAUGGCAUAUCUGUCUGCAAAGAAAACUUGAACCUAAUUAACAGGAUUUCAUACCCUAUUAUCCAGAUGGCUACUCAAUCUGCAAAAAAUGUUUACCUUACAAUCACAAGGGAGUCUGGCAGCAGUACAGUCCUAAUAUUGAAGCUGAUCAGCACUAGAGCAGCAAGUGCCCUUUAUCGUGCGAUAACUGAAACCCAUGCAUUUUACAGGUGUGAUACUGUGACCAAUGCUGUCAUGAUGCAAUACAGCAGAGACUUCAAGGGCCAUCUUGCUUCUUUGUUUCUCAAUGAAAGUAUCAAUCUGGGUAAGAAAUAUGUUUUUGACAUCAAACGCACAUCCAAGGAGGUGUAUGACCAUACACGAAGAGCUUUGUAUCAUGCUGGCAUUGUAGACUUUGUUCCACACAAUCGAGAUGGCCAGAACUCUCCACUUAAAUCUUCAGAGCAUGAAUUGAACUGUAACAGUUGUGAAGGGGAGAGCUGCCAGCAAAGUCAGGUGCUUCAAGAAAAGAUUCGAAAACUUAAAGAAGCGUUAUUGUGCAUGGUCUGUUGUGGUGAGGAGAUUAAUACUGCCUUCUGCCCCUGUGGACACAUGGUUUGCUGUGGUUCUUGUGCUAAUCAGCUACAGGCCUGUCCAGUUUGUCGAUCUGACAUUGAUCACAUUCAGCAAGUAUUCUUGCCCACGUGUGCCAGUCUUCUCAACCUCUCUGUAAUUUGAACAUUUAUGGGUCAGCAGGUCUGACUGUAUGAUUUUCAGUGAUGUACAUUACAGAAGAAACUAGAAAGCACUCCUAUGUUUGGUCACACAAAUGCAGCAGCUUGUUCUGGCUCCCUUUUUCUGUUCUGUGGAUUAUGAAAGGUUUUGGCAGGACUAUUCCAAAACACUGAAGAUUCUUGAACAAACCUCUGCCACAGAUGGUAUUGUAAGGCUGGGCAGCUUUAAAGCCAACUGCUAAACUCUAUCAGUUGACAAGAAAAUUUUGUACUGUAGUAUUUUCUUCCAGAAGCUUGUAAUGGAGAAGUAAUGACACUGCCUCAGCAAUUUUCUUUAGCUGAAUCUUAUUUUGUUUCUUGGAUUAUUCAUCCAUAGUGUUAGAACUUUUAUGUUUUGACAUGCUUUUUAAAAAUAAGUUUAUUUUUAACCUUUUUGUAAUUUCACAUGUAAAUGACACCAAAAUUAACAGCAUUGGUGCAAUGGAGCAGAAUUAUUUGCAGCGUGUAAUAGCUUUAUUUGUCCUUCAACAUAUUGCAGGGUGGAAAAUAUUGUAUGUUAAACCUGUUUUUAAAUUCUGAACAUUGUCUACAGCAGAAGUACUUUUUUUAAUUCUGCAAUAUGCAAAUCCAGUUGUUCUGUACAACUUCUCCCUGCCUACUCCUACACCCACCAAAAAGACAUGACAAAAAUGCUGAAGUAUGACUACAAGGAGUUGUUGUUUUUAAAAACUAGGUUUGUUACUGAAAUUCUCCACCCUGAAGCGCAUGGUCAGUAUAUCUUUCAGAUGCAAAGACUGUGUGUGUGUGUGUGUGUGUGUGUGUGUGCUAGGAAUAAUCUACAGUGUCACUUUAUUAAGGAAUUUCCAAAAUGUAUUAUUCAUAGGGUUGCCUUAAUGUAGCAGCAAUGAUUAGAUUCCAUCUGUUUCUGUACAGAUCAGGUUCUUUGCACAAUGUUUCAGACUUUAAAAAUAUAUAUUGUUGAUUUGUCAUGUUAGUGCGUAGCCUCUUGCUGAAAGGGAUAUCUAUUUUUUCACUUUGUAUAAAUUAGGUUUAUUUCCAUUUCAAGAAAAUUGCCUAAGCUACACUUAACUCUGACUUUUUAUAUUCUUUUUUAAUUAAAAAAUGUCAAUAAAAGUUUUUUGUAUUAAUUGAA